AUGGAGGAGUACACAAUUGACUUCGAGCAACUUAUGUUGAAGUGUGGGCUAGUGGAGACUGUGGAGGACACCAUAGCGAAGUGUGGGCUAGUGGAGCCCGAGGAGAACACUAUAGUUCGAUACCUGAGGGGAUUGAAAUCGUUCAUUGUCAAUGUGAUACAGUUGCAGUCUUAUUGGAUAUUACAAGAUGUUCAGACCUUAUUCCUGAAGAAGCUUCUUGGGAAGAAGAUGAAACUUCUACCCAGGGAGAAUGAUGCUGGGCGUCUGAUCCUGUCAAUAUCGCCGGAUCAUGAUACUCCCGCGAUUUCAGGAGUGGAGUUAGGUUAUCUACCUCUGACUUCGCGGAGCAGGCUCCACAAUCUGAGGCUAUACGGGAAUCCUUUAUGUGCAAAUUCAGCGCAAGUCAAUUUCGUCAACUGCCAGCCUCAGUCUAUUAACCCAACAUCAGGAAGAACUACAAACACUAGAAUAACCUGUCAAUCCUGCCCCACAGACUCAGAUUAUGAGUCCAAUCCAUUAUCCCCGAUACCAUGCAUUUGUGCCAUCCCACUUAGAGUUGGAUUUCGGUUAAAAAGUCCAGGAAUUUCAGACUUUCAUUCCUAUAUUGAAGAUUUUAGGGUUGAUCUAUCCUCUCUUUUGGAUUUACAGCCAUAUCAAGUAUAUUUCCAAUUAUAUACUUGGGAAGUUGGCCCUAGGCUGAAUAUGUAUCUAAAUCUAUUCCCUGACAAAACUAGUCUAUUCAAUACAAGUGAAGUGGUACGCCUGAGAAGAAUGCUGUCUGGUUGGGAGAUUACACUUUCAGACGUUUUUGGGCCUUACGAGCUCCUGAACUUCACGCUGGGAUCUUAUGCCAAUAUUGUGCCUGCGGAUGUAAAAUCAAGUUUGAGUAAGGGUGCUUUAGUGGGCAUUGUACUAGGAUCAACUGCUGCUGGAGCUGUAAUAUCUUCCGCUAUUGUAAUUUUUAUCAUGCAAAAGCGCUCUAGACGUCGGGUGGAUUCCAAAAGGAGAGCGUCAUCAAGAACUACCAUUAAAUUUUAUGAUGUCAAGGGCUUUGUGCUUGAAGAGAUGAAACGUGCCACAAACAAUUUUAACAACUCUAGUUUAGUUGGACACGGGGGAUAUGGUAAUGUAUACAAGGGAGUUCUAGAAGAUGGUACAAUUGUUGCUAUUAAGCGAGCACUACAUGGAUCAUUACAAGGAUCAAAUGAGUUUGCAACAGAAAUAGAGUUUUUAUCGAGAUUACAUCAUCGAAACCUUGUUUCUUUAGUGGGAUAUUGCGAUGAAGAAGACGAACAGAUGCUGAUCUAUGAGUUCAUGCCGAAUGGAAAUCUGCGAGAAGUUCUUUCAAGUGAAUCCAAGGAGCCUUUAAAUUUUAUGAUGAGAUUACGCAUUGCCUUGGAAACUGCUAGAGGCAUUCUUUAUUUACACACUGAGGCUGAUCCUCCUAUAUUUCACCGUGACAUAAAAGCAAGCAACAUAUUGCUGGACUCUAAGUAUACUGCUAAGGUUUCUGAUUUUGGAAUCUCGCGCCUUGCGCCGGUGCCAUAUGUCGAUGGGGUUUCCUCUGAUCAUGUAUCAACUGUAGUUAGGGGCACUCCGGGCUACUUGGAUCCUGAAUAUUUCUUAACACACAAAUUGACAGACAAAAGUGAUGUCUAUAGCCUUGGCGUUGUAUUUCUGGAACUACUGACAGGGAUGCAGCCCAUUUCAUUUGGAAAGAACCUUGUACGGGAGGUAAGCAUGGCCUACCGAUCCGGCAGAACCUUUGAAAUCAUCGACAGCCGAAUGGGCUCUUAUCCCUCUGACUGCAUCGAGAAAUUUGCUUCAUUAGCAUAUAGCUGUUGUCAGGAAGAGCCUGAUGCGAGGCCUUCAAUGCCUGAAAUAGUCAGAGAGCUAGAGAACAUAUGGAAGAUGAUGCCAGAAGGUGGUAUGUUGUAUUCAGAAUCUUCGACCAAAUAUCCGGAGAAGGCAAGUGCGCCAUUAUUCUCUGCAAUCUCAUCUUCAGCAUUAACAUAUUCAUACUUGUCAUAUGAUGUUUCUGGUAGUAAUCUUAACAGCACUUCUAUACCAAAUAUCAAGCCUCGGUAGGGUCAGGAGCAUUUACAUACAAACCACCCAAUUGUUAUAUAUUUACAUAUCUAACGCCUAAACUUGAUUUUUAAA